AUGAAGCUUUGCCUGCUGAUUGCAGCAGCCGUGGCAAUUGCCACGUGCUACGCUCUUCCUGUGCCGAAGGAAGAAGUGUUUGCAGUCUACCCUGUAAACAGUGCUCUGGCGCAGCAUUCCAGUGACCUGCCCGUGGAAACCAAACCCGAACAAGUAAACAGCCCGGCCGAAGGUUCAUUGUCGAAAGAUGCCGUUGACGAAAAAACGGUUACAGCAACGAAAUCGACCGAUGUUACACCAGUGGAAAGCAAGCCAGAGGAACUUAAAACUGUCCCAGAAAAGUUGCAUGAGCAAGCCUCUGCUGAGACAGAAGCUGAAAAGAAAGUUAUUCCAGCUGCAGAAGUGAAGUCUGCUCCUCUGAAAGAACCUACAGAUGUAAAGCCCGAGGACACUCCUGUCACUGUUCCUUCUACUGAUAACCUUCCAACAACUGUACCGAUUAAAGAUGUAGCACGACUUGAAGUUUCUGAAUCUGUUGUUGCUGCCGAACCGAAAGUAGAAGCUCCGAAGACUUUGGCUGUAGAACCUAAAUUGAUGGACAAAGAAGCGGCUCCUGUUGAGAAGAGUGUAAAGGAAGAAACUAAAGUUGAGGACAAAGCAAAGGAUUCCACUGAGAAGUUGGUGCCGAACGUGAAAACAGAAGAGAAAAAAGAGGAAAGUGUAGAAGUCAAAACGCCCGAACAGACAGUAGCAGUAGUGCCCGAGGUGAAGGCAGUAGCAGUGGAAAAGUCCGAAAAAUUGUCCGAAGAGCCUAAAGCCGAGGCAAAGCCAGAACCGUCUCAAGCUCGUUCUACAACGAGCGAUCUCCCUGCGGAACAAGACAGCCCGGAUGCGAAGCCAGAAGUAAAGGUGGCCGAACAGGUUGUCGUAGCAGUUGCCGUCGAGCCAGCGGAAGUAAAGAAACCAGCAGUGGAAGAGACCAAGGCAUCUAGUGCAUCUGUCCCAGAGGUCAAAUCAGUCACUGCUGCCGGUGUUCAGCAAACCACAGUGGCUGUCAACGACCCUGAACCGCAAACCGAAGGCAAAGAUGAAACCAAACCCACCAAAGUCCGUGCUGCACCAAUUGUGGAAGGGCUGACGGUAUCGCAACCGGUUGAAGCAGAGCCUGCCGUUACCAAAAUUCACGUUACAGUCAUCCAGGAAGAGGUUGAGCUUGACAGCAAGAGUGCUGCCCAGAAGGAAGCGGUUCGUAAUGAUCAGGAAGCGACCCCAACGACGGAAGUGGCGGAUAAAAGUACAGAAGCUGCAGUUACUACAACUUCUGCUACGCCUGAGAAGGAAGUAAAGCGUGAUGAAUCGGUUGUGGAGAAAACUUCCAAAGAUAAAGAUGAAGAGACCAGUAGUCCGAGUGCGGUUAAGAGCGUGGAGGCUGUUGUCGAAACUAAACCAGAGACGGUGAAACCAAUCGAUGUCAGUAAGGAAGAAUCCUCCGUACGAGCGGCCACUACUGAAACUGUUGUGGUUGUUGUACCCAGUGUAAAUGCCGAAGACGUUACCACUGUUGUUGCGUUGUCUGAGAACACUGAUAAGCCUGUCGAGAAGGUUGCUGAAGCAGUACCUACUGCGGUGGUAGCACCUGCGCUAGAAGUUCGUUCGGCAGAUUCAACGGAGGAGCCGCCAGCGCCCGCAAACAGAGUAAAAGAAGAGGAACAGCAGGCAAAAGCCGCCGACGGGAGUUCUCAGCCGGGUGCAAGUGAACGCUCGGAAGAUACCGUCCAGGAAGACGCUAAGGAUCAGAGUGACAGUAUCAGUACAACCGUGAGCAGCGUCACGGAACUGGACACCACCACCGUUAACCCCGUUACUACCACGGAGCCAGAGCUCGUUCCAACACCGGCGAAGCAGAAGGCCAAAAAGCAGGUUCCGCCAAACCUUAAAGGAUACAGCAAACGUUUAAAACUGCAGGAAGCACAACGAAAACAAGGCAAUGACAACGAGUAA